AUGACUGUACAAGAAAUACCAACGAUAUUUCUACUAACGUUUCUAUUUCUACUAGUAUCUUCGACGAAAACGCAAUUAGUUGGUACGAGGAAAUCCUGCUCGAUCGAGGGAGCCAAAAUUUCCGUAGAUCAAAUCGACAAACAAAAAUGCUACUCGUGCGUUUGUAAGAACGGUUACGUGAUGUGCACAGAUGGCUGUCCGAGCAUCCAAGGAUGUUAUAUGCUCGUCGAAGAUAAAUGUUGCAAAAGAAAAUGCAAAGGUUGCAUAUACGAAAAUACGCACCAUCCCAGCGAUUCGGAGUGGAUAAAUCCGAAGGAUCCCUGCACGAUCCUGCGAUGCGAAGCCGGCAUCAUCACUAUGUCGCAGCUUCGAUGCCACACGCCCUGCUCGAAUCCUCUACCGCCCGAGCCAGGAAAUUGUUGCCCCACUUGUCCCGAAUGUAAAAUGAACGACCAAAUAGUCACCGACGAUAGAGACGUAAUUUCAGACGAUCCUUGUUUAAAGUGCAGAUGCAACGGCGGCAGGAUGGUGUGCGCCAAAAAAGCCUGUCCGGUCCUGCAAUGCACACCAGUCAGGCAAUUCCACCCUCCGGGAGAAUGUUGCCCCAGGUGCAAAGGCACGAGGUUUCUAUUAACACCACCGAACAGUUGCACAAUCCAAAACAUCUACUCCAGAGAGGGCAACUCAAUAAGCAUGGACAAAUGCACGAAUUGCACCUGCAAAAACGAAACCUCCAUUUGCAGCCGAUACACCUGCCCCAUUCUGGAUUGCGCCCCCGAACUACAAAAGCCGGCGCCAGGCAGUUGUUGCAAAAAGUGCGAACUACCCGAGGAAUUCAAAUCGGACUGCUACUUCGACAGUAAACUAUAUCAGGAUGGCGAACAAUGGAAGCUAGGCGAAUGCAAGUCAUGUAUUUGCCAAAGGGGAAUUACUCGGUGCGCCAUCACCCGCUGCAACAUGACUUCCUCUUCCAGCACUUGCGCUUAUGGAUAUAAGUUCCAGAAAUUACCAGGCGAAUGUUGUCCACGUUGCGUCGAACUUGACGGAGCUUGCAUGGUGUUCGGAGACCCGCACUACAAGACAUUCGACGGCAAAAUCUACACCUUCAAAGGCAUCGGAAAGUACCAGCUAGCGGCCGAUUGCGCCAAUCACACCUUCUUCGUGCGAGUGGCCAACGUGCUGGUGGACGGCACCUCCUCGACGACGAGAAGAGUGUCCGUGAAGUACCUCAACGCGCGGCUGAACCUCCAGCAAAGGGGCCGCAUCAAGUUCAACGGGUCCGUCAUAGCGGCGCCGUUCAAAGUGGACGGGCGCUUCCGCGCCGACAAGAAGAAGGACAACUCCAUCGAGAUCGUCCUGCAGAACGGCGUCAAGAUAUUCUGGAACUUCCGCAGCUUCGCCGAGGUGACGGUGCCGGCCCGUUUCAAGAGCAAGGUGUGCGGCCUGUGCGGCAACUUCAACUUCGACGUGCAGGACGAUCUGACGACGAAGCUGGGCAAGGUGGUGUCCGACAAGGAGAUACUGGCGUUCGGCGCCUCCUGGUGCUUGGGCAAGAAGACGGAGUGCGCCAAGAAGAUCCGGCCGCAGAUCGUGAAAACGUCGAGGAAGAACGCCUGCAAGCACUUGAGCAGCGACAUAUUCAGGACCUGCCACUCCAAGCUGAAUUUCAGUAAGUACUUGAAGGCGUGCAAGAUGGACGUCUACCAUUGCAAGGGUUUCAAAUGCUACUGUGAUAGUUUGAUGGCGUACGCUAGAGAAUGCGAAAGACUUGGUGUGGACCUGCCCAAUUGGCAGAAGCAUUCGUACUGCGAUCGGGAUAACCUGAAGGGGACGAAGAGGCGGAUCAACCGAGUGCAUAAGAUCCAUCGAAGCCAGGAGGCUCUGCUGUUGAAGAAGCUGCCGCAUAGAUUGUUGAAUAGAACGCGAAGUAACCCGAUGGGCGUUCCGUUGACUUAA